AUGAAUAUUACGAUUGACGACGCUUCCCCCUUGUUCCAGUUUCACUCCGCUGCCAACAACAACUCUUGGAUCACCGACCAUGCCAAUGGAACCCCUUACCCCGAUCCAGCCCUGGAUGAUUACUAUGACGAUACGUUUCACGGCUCGUUCUCAGAGGGAGACUGGGUUUCACUCACUUUCAAUGGGAGUGCGAUCUACUUGUUCGGCGCCAAACGUCCGAAUCAUGGGCAAUUUUCAGUCUCGCUCGAUGGAGGUGAAGCCGUCACUGCAGUAGGCUACUCUGCUCAAAACGAAUUUCAACAAGUCUUGUUUAACCAAACCGGUCUAUCGACAGACCAAGAACAUACCAUCGUCUUGACGGCUCAGCCAGAUCAAACGAAUAUCAAAGGUGUAAAUAAUGCGCCUUAUUGGGUCGACGUAGAUUUCGCCAUCAUCACUGUCAAUGAGACGGAAAAAGUUUAUACGACGAAAAUUGACGAUCAAUCGCCUCUCUUCACGUAUGGAGGAGGUAAUUGGGGAGGCGGUCCUCUGGAUCCUCAGACGUACUACAACGACACAGCACACAUCACUAACGAGAUUGGAGCCUUUGUGACGCUGAACUUCAACGGUUCUGGAAUCGGCAUCUAUGGUGGUUUGUACAAAGACCACGGCAAUUACACCGUAACGCUCGACGGCGUUAAUGCUGGCACAUACAACGGAACAUGGUUCGAUCUACAAGUGCAAGAGCCUCUAUUCAUCGCGGACGGUCUGAAUGACACCAAUCACACCAUUAUGAUUACGAACGAUGGCAAAGGACCACUGGGAUCUUUUAUCGAUAUCGAUUAUGCCGUGGUCAACAGCACGCUCGCCCCAAUGAUCACUUCGGGCAAUUCCACAGGGACUAAUACGACUCAAUCCAGCGGGACGUCUUCUGCCUCCGGAGGGAGCGCCACGAGCAGCACCUCUCCUUCUGCAUCUGCAUCUGCAGGAUCCAGCUCCGACAAUACUGGCUCGUCGACAUCCAGCGGUCACCACUCGCACGCCGGUGCCAUUGCCGGUGGAGUCGUUGGAGGUGUCAUUGCACUGGCAUUGAUCGCUCUGGCUCUUUGGUUCUUCUUGUUCCGUCGACGACGUGAUUCGCAUAGGAGACGAGGGUCUAUGAUGGGAAGCAAGAAAGUCAAUCUGAGCGGGGAAGACCCGGAUGCCCCGACACCAUUUACCACUGAGAACAUGGUCAACACUACUCAUUCGCAACCCGGUUCGCUGUCCCGCACAGACUACGCCACGGGCAGUGGAUCUGCCUCCAGUCGAGCCGGCACAAGUCCAAUGGACACAUCACGGCCAUUCUUUUCGGUUGUCCCUCCUCCACCCGCGUCAAACGCCACUUCAUACCCUCGAAGCGACUACCCACGGAGUGAGAACCCACCGUCCACUGUCAACUUGAACAACAUCGACGAGAGGGGAGAAGCUACGGCUUCAACCGAGCGAUUUGGAUCUGCUUAUUCACCCGCUGUCCAGCGAUACGCUGAUGGGGGAACGGCUCGGUCUGUCCCAUCAGCUCCUUCCGUGUUUUCUGGAGAGACAGGAGAGACUUCCCGGCCUCUCUUGUCGGAAUCACGCAAGAGUGCAGGCGUAUCACUCCCAUUCACAUCGACGUCUCCUGUAAACUCUCGUCACGCCGACAGCCCAACGUCACCGAUUUCCGGUCGGAUGCAAGUGCCCGGAAGGGAAACCGAUCUUGGUCCUGUUGCGAGUCAUGAGCAUUCAACACUACCGCCGGAUUACCGACAAGCGACUCAACCACUACCAGGUCAAGUGGAUCCGGACCAGGCGAGUUUCAUGACUGCAAAGUCGACAGAUUGA